AUACGUGGUUGUUGCGCCAGUCUGCCGCUUGGGGUUGGGUAUUCGGUGCUGGUCGUUCCGUGUAUUUGUUUUCUAGUCAGCCUGUUUUCUUUUUGCGUGCCGUUGCAAAUUUCACAACCUGAGUUGUGCACUUUCGCUUGCGAUAUGGGACGUCUGGGCCUUCGUUGUAGCAACACGGUCGUGGUCCGCUGUCUAAUCUGUUCACGGUUUGAUGCGUUAAGAAGAUCCCAGCAGCAGAUUGGUCUUAUCAGCAACGAUGGCAGACAACAAGUUCGGCCGAGUUCGCUCAAAAAUUGCGCAGCUGUUUAGCACCUACGGUGUGUCCAGAAAAAGUACAAGUUUCGAGGACGAGUCGGAAUCUGGCGACGAAGAGUUGUUGGACAUUACGAGCGCUCGUCUCAAUCUUAUGGAUGACAGGGAAGACUUCUGCUUGUGCCGACGAUGUCGCACCUUCGGUGAGCCUGGGUCCCGCACUGGGCAGCCCUGCCAAGCGAAUGGUUCUGUGGAAUACCCGGCGAAUCUAUCUUUGAGAGCACCCAACGCGGACGAAAGUCCUGUUGUGAUUACGAACUCUUCCGUUCACUACAAUACAGAUAGUGUCGAGCGCACGUCCCUUCUUUACGAUUCCAGUGAAGAUGAUCAGGCAGAUACGCUGCACUGUCAUGCGCGAACACCAGCGCGCUACUCCUCCAAGAUCGCACAGAGGCAGCUCAUUGCGAGUAGCCUCACAUGCCUCGCCUUUAUGACAGCAGAGAUCGUAGGGGGAUACUUGUCCAACAGCCUUGCCAUCAUGUCAGACGCCGCACAUCUUUGCGCCGACCUGGCAGGAUUCGUGAUCUCCAUUUUUGCCGUUUGGAUUGCACAGAAGUCACCCACGAAAAGAAUGUCCUUUGGGUUCUACAGAGCAGAAAUCCUAGGUGCAAUGGUCAGUGUUGUGUUCAUAUGGGUUCUCACUGGCAUCCUAGUCUACACGGCUGCACAGAGGAUAUACCACGACGACUAUGACAUUGAUGCGGACAUCAUGCUCAUAGUCUCUGGCACUGGAGUUGCCAUGAAUAUCAUCAUGGGACUCAUCCUGCAUGGCUGGUGCCCCGUGGGGGGCAGCCACGGCCACAGUCAUGGACUUCGGUCUUCUCACGGCCACAGCCACAGCGAGAGGUCCAACAUCAACAUCAGGGCUGCUCUCAUCCAUGUCUUGGGCGACCUCCUGCAGAGCAUUGGUGUGCUGAUUGCGGCAUACGUCAUCAAGUACAAGCCAGAGUACAAGAUUGCUGAUCCAAUAUGCACCUUUGUGUUCUCUGCACUGGUUCUGUUUACAACAGUUUCCAUCUUGAGGGAUGCUGUAGUCAUCCUUAUGGAAGGUUUUCCGAGAGACCUGGCUUACUCUACAGUAAAAACAGCGCUUCAAAGCCUCAAAGGAGUUCGUAUGGCACACAGCCUUCAUGUUUGGUCACUCACGCUGGAUAGGAACGCACUGGCUGUGCACUUGGCAGUUGAUGAGGAUGCUGAUCCAACUGCUGUACUGCAAGCUGCACAACAAAUGGUCCGAAAAAAGUUCAAAAUAUUCAGCUCUACUAUACAAGUGGAAGUCUACGCUCCCUCGGAAAUGCUUUCCUGUGAGACGUGCAAGGGGCCUUGACCUUGAAUGCUUGAAGAGCGUGGACCAAAGACGUUUAGUGACGAGUUAAGUGUCCAGUAGCUAGCGGAUUACGAGAUCCUGGCUGUGCAGCUUAUGCCGGCUUUGUGGUUAAGCCACGUGACAUACCAUUCACUUUGUCCACUCAGAAUUGCUGGUGCGUAUUUUGGUUUAGCAAGGUGCGCUAUUGGAACUGACGUUUCCAUUGAGUGUAUGGAGUAAAUGGCUGUGGUGCCAGACUAGCUUCAGUCUUUGAAUUAGACAAAGAAUAGGUUCCAAUUCACAUGACUUGGGCUAGCUCUCAAGCCCUGUUGUGCCGUGUAGGGGUAUGUCUUGAGGUGCCAGAAUUCUCAGGGCAAACAUUGUGGCAUGCUUUGUACUGCACUGUAGUGCAUUCUGACAGGGUUCUGUCAAGAAAAUGUUUGCUUCACCUUUAAUUUCACCUGUUCUGGAGAGUUGCCAUCAAGAAUAGGAGAUAAUCUCACUCUCUGCCCUUGACAGAGGUGUGUUUGUGCUUCACAUUUCUGCAGGCUACAUGACAUAAACUCUUCACAGUUCACACAUAGUGCAAUGAAGGCAAUAAAUAACAAUCUAUCAGUAUGCAAUAUGUUGUAGAGAACUGUAAUUUGCAGUUCUCAUUUCAGCUGCUAAGCAUGAAAGGGCCAAUGCAAAUCAAAGGUGCAGCAAAUUUGCUAAUCUUUUUGUAAGUGUCGGAGGAGUGGAUGUUACUAUGCUCCUUGAGUGAGACCUGAAGGAAGUGUAGCAUAGCAAUGCUGGUAGGCCUGAUAGCAAGCCUUUGCCUUUACGCUAGUGAUGGGCCGAAUCAAUCGAAGAUUUUAUUUGGCAUUUGUCAAACUUUUUGAGCAAAAUUUCAUCAGAAUGAUUUAGCCACUUGGCAAAUGGUUACAGUUGUGCAAAUGCUACAUUUGAGCAUCUUGCAAGCAUGACUGACGACGAAGAGUUACUGCGCUAUCAUUUUACCAGAUAACUGAAAGUACUUUUUAGAUCACAAGAUAUGAAGAUAACACGCAGAAAAUGAGAACAAAAAAGGCUCGAGGUACACCUAAGCACUUCUUAUGAGUUGUGAAUGCGAAAGCACAUACAUCAUUCUUCCACUCCCUUAUUUCGUCUGCAGCUUAUUUGCUUCAACGACAGAAUGCGCCCUCUCCUCGUCGCUCUGACGUUGGACGUUUUGUGUUAGCGGCGUGCUGACAAACACACAGUGCCAUGAGGUGGUGGUCGUUGUAACUGACUCGCAGCAGGAAAUGGGAGCCUCGUCGACAUGCGCCAGCCAAUGGAGCCUCGUCGACAUGCGCCAGCCAAUGGGACCGAAGCCGAAAUCCAUCAGCUUUACUAUGCUCCUUUGGGAUCGGGGAAACUAGGUGCCGUUUGGCUAGGCUUUUUGCGUGGUUUCAUAGCUAGGAGCUGGCUUCACUUGGAGGAAGGAUCUAAGGUGCCGUUUGGCGUGGCUUCAAAGCUGAGAAUGUCAGCUCGCUCCAUAAGACAGCGAAUGCUUCCGCAUUACAAGCUUGAUCUUGCUGACAAAGAUGGGUAAGCACAAUAUGUGCGAUAGGCCUUCCAGGAAAGGAGAAGGGCGUCUCAAUGGCACCACUUACCGAAGAUUCGCUUUCAGUUUUUGACAGAUACCGCGAGAUGGCGCUACAUGACUGGAGAGGCUGCGGAGCAGCCUCUCUAGUCAUGCACUGUGCAAAUGAGGUCACUCUUGCGUAGUCUGUACCAUCGAGCCUGGAUAGCUUGGUUGGCAAAAAACUUGGCUCACAAUCUCGAGGCGGUAGGUUCAAAUACUGCCGGGGGACUGAAGUAUUUUUAUAUGGUUCUCUCUAGGCGUAAUGCUUAUCGGUGUCGGUUAUUAGCUAUGACCGGCCGUUACAGCCAAAUAUUGCAGAAGUCCAUGGAAAUCGACUGAUAAAACACGUUCUGUGUAAAUAACACAUUGAGAGCCUUAGGUGUCUAGUGACUUCCAUAUAACUCAAGGUAGUACUUAACAAUAGACCUCCCGUAAAAGUCAAGGGCUUCCUAAAUGUGGGUGGGGCGCAUGACGUGUACACCCGCCGGCGAUAUGAAGGUGAACGUUGGGCUGUCAACCGCUCUGUGCUAUCAGCGCCACAACGCGGCUGCUGUGGCGACUUGCUUUCUUAUUGGUGCUUUGCGGAGGUUAAGUGCCUGGAUCGAGUGCUGUUCUCACCUCUGCUGCUACUCCCCACAGAAAGUGCGAGGAUUCAAGAAGGCGCCUUUCGGACGCUAUCGGUAGACAAUGCGAUAUAGUAGUUUUUCGUUGUGAUAUGUCCUAAACUGGAAGGCUGCAGAACAAAUAAAAAAGUAACUUAUACUUUCCACUUCUUAAAAAGAACAAUGCAACAUUGUUUCAUUUGUGUGAUGUGUCAGCAACUGCGUCGCACUUGCAACAAUGUUAUAUUAGCCACAUUACAAAGAGGGCAUGAUUAUUUACCUAUUGUGAGAUGCUUAAAGGGGCACUGACACCCCAAAGGUCGUAUUUUUAUUUAAUGUGUAAAACAAUGCAAGUUGUAGUCGUAAACACACAAAAAAAAAACAAAAAAAAAAACCCCGCAUCUUGGAAAAAAAAUUGUUUGCGCGAGCGUGCGCCUUUUUAUUUUUGGCGUUUAUAUCUCCCGCCGCUCACCUCCUUGCUUCUUUUGAUCGGUGACAUGACAAAUCGGGAAAUUUAGAAGCUUUGUAGGCAACAUUUCUAUAACAUUUAAUAACGGCAAUCGUAAAACAUGUUUUUUAAUGAAUUGCAAACGCACUACGGCCCCUCUUUUUGAAAUACCGAAAAUCCCGAGUUCGGUGUAAUGUCGCUUCCUGGAUUUGUAUCCUCCCUCGGAAAACUUGGCGGCGCUCGAGCAGAGGAUGAUCGGCGAGUCGGGGAAGAAACCGUUUUUUUCCCGUGCCGGCGCCCUUCUAUCCCGCCUGCUCACCUCAUCCUCGCUUUGGGUACGGUGGCAACAGCGCUUUGCUUCGUAGCGUGGAGCGGAGGUCCAAAAGAAAGUUGAGUCGCAGGAGACCGCAAAAGUUGACUCACUGCACUGGCACGGAUCGCGCGGGAACUUCAGAUUCCGCAUUUGGAAAUUGUUUUUUUAAUUCACAAAUACUGAAUUCCCAAGUUUCGAAUUUUGAGGAUAAUGUCCCGGCAUCGUUUUCAAUCGUUUCGGAUAAUAAAAAAAAAAAAUGAUUUUGAUGUGUCAGUGCCCCUUUAACACUUUGCAGUGCAUGCCAAGAUAAUUUAUUAGAAAUUAGGGCUCCGCUGGAACGUGCAUGUAGUGGUUGCGUCACUGUUAAACCAUGCCGAACAAUGUCCGCUCUAGUUCACGUGCAAUGUGCAGAUCAUUUGCCGGCAAUGAAGUGGGCACGGCCCCCACAAAAAGUGAUGCCGAAAUCGAAACCCACUUCCACGCUUUCUGCAGGGAGUAGCAGCAGAUCUGAAAACAGCGCUCGAUCCAAGCACUCAAUCUCGGCAAAGCGCGCGAUAAGAAUGCGAGCCGCUACGGCAGCCGCGUCGUGGCGCUGAUAGCACGGACCGGUUCCCGGUCGGGCGUUCACCUUCAUAUCGCCGGCGGGUGUACCGUGGAUGCACUGAACCUGUCAUCCCAGUCGGAGGAGCAACCAUAACUCAGAAAUCUACAUGGUAGAGAACUGGGGACAUGCAGGAAAGUCUUGUACCAGCGUGCUGGUUCGUCUCGACUCAGUGAUAACUUCGGUCAUAAUUAAUGAAAAAAUAUUAGUAGCCAUGUGCUUUGAGGGCAUACAUGGUGUGGUCUGCGUUCUGAAAGCUAGAUAGUUGGUCAUUUUUCUUUUUAGAAAUAACGACUGGGGAUGUUAGAAGGCACUGAACAGUAGGACAACUUUCUUGUGUAAUGCAGGAGUGACGGUCACACCUUUUUGGUACCAUUGAGCUGGUACAGCCCCAUCACCAAAAGCUUGGCUCAAGCUGAUCUUGAACUAUACUGGACAUCACCAAUGUUGUGCUAGAUUGUCAAGGCUAGCGUAGCUUUCAUAGUGCAGCGGUCCUGCACUGCCGUGAGAGCAUGUGACUUCGUCUUGUAUGAUGUCAUUCGCAUAUGCUCUCACGGGAAGAAGCUUUGGCAGCAUUGGAGCACUGCUAAAGCUAUGCUAGCCUUAACAAUUUAGCGCAAAAUUGUGGAUGCCGAGAAUAGUAUUAUGAAAUAGUGGCUCCAAACCUGAUCCAAAAGUUGGACUUGGUUUGGACCUGCUUGAACUGUGCAGGGCUCUAAUACAGGGUACAUGAAAAGUGAGAAUGUCCUUGUGCAAAUACCUAGUGCUUGAAACAAGUUUCCUUUGUUAGUACUAAUACAACACAAUUACAAAUGCCUCACUACCCUAAAUUGGACACUCUUUGGUUUCUUUUACGUCACUAUACUACAAAUAAUGCACCCGAUGUGGACACUGAGACACUUGUCGCUCUCAUAAGAUUGUUGUUACAUGACCUUUUCUAUGCACAAGAACAGAUGCACAUUUUAGUACUGAAUGCAAAGCAUACAUAUAUGUAGCAUUAUGAUACCCCUUAUUAAAGUCUACCAUGGCUCAGAUUGCUACCCUGGUAGCAGACAUUGAGAGAGUGCGUGACUAUUUAUUGCCAAACACUUCUAUGACUGAACGCUUGCAGAGUACCAUCAUUCUGCAUAAAGUUUUAAUUUGUUAUGAUGGUGAAUUUAAUUAUUUUGUUCAUGUCCUAAAAAGUAUAAGGAAUAAAAAAAAAAAAUGGCUUGCCAAAAAUUUGUUGAAAUUCUCAAAAUUUUUAGCAGAAGUCAGAGGCUCCGGAAGUCAAUUCUGAUCGGGGGGGCGGGGGUCAAGGCUCACAUCCUUGCAGUGCAGAUUCCCCCCCCCCCCCCCCCAACUUUGAAGAUCGUACGCGCGGAAAAACCGAAAUGGAGGAAGCGACCUUUGUUUAGCCGAAAUCAUCUCUGAGUAACAAAAAUAGAUAUUCAAAAUCUCUAGCAUGCAAGAGCGUUUCCGUGGCCUCUCCUGUCACACCGAAACAAAAGUACGAAAAUGAUUGACAGAUAACAGAAAUGCUUUUCGCGUCUAGGCGUCGUGCAGAAACUUCAAGGGGCGCCUCCCAUGCUAGGCCAGCUCUGAACCCUCUCCGGCCAUUAUGGGAUCAGUGCGCUUAAUUGGCACGGUAUUUGCAUGGCCGAGCUUGAAAGAGCCGAUCCCAAGCGAAACUCGUCCAAGAGAGAGUGCAGUCCCUCCAAGGACAUAUGCUCCGGACUGCCGUUCGUUAAAGCGCUCUGCCAGAGACCAAUUUCCCGCGGCAAGAGGUUUUUACGUUUGGGGAGGCUUAUCCAGAGCCGGAGGGAGGCCUUCUCCCCGCCAUUCUUUCUGAUGACAAGGAAUGGUAGAAAGGUGCCUUUCCUAAGCUGUCCCCAUCCGGCUGCCAGUGAUUAAGAUGUGACCAAUACGCGCGCCUCAAGGCUAGCUCUGAAGAAACGUUUACUCCAGCACUUAACAGGGGUAUCAGCUUUACUACCAAUUCUCGUCCCGACAAAUCGUCGCUGUCCUUUCUUAUUCCGCUUCAAGCUUAAAAGGCACGGUAGCAUGUUGCUACAUUAAGGGAGGGUUGUGGGUCAGCCUUCAGCGUCGGGGGGGGGGGGGGGGGCGUGACCCCUACGAAAAAAAACACGAGGGGGGCGGACGCCCCUCCAGCCCCCCCCCCCGGUUCCGGAGCCCCUGGCAGAAGUUCUGCUUUACAGAGUGCGAAGAUUCGGUAGAAGUUCGGCCCAUCACUGCACAACGUGCUUAUCACAUAUAAGCAUAACACGUCUUUCUGAUCAUUAAUGUACGGUGAAUUGUUUGUCAAAGUCAAUCUUGCCCCAUGUCUAUGCGUAUGCUUUUAUCUCCAGCAGCUUUACAAUAAAGUUUUAUGCUGGAACAUAUCUAAGAAACAAGCAUACACAAGCUUAGCAUGCCUUGUUUAUGCAUCAUAUGACUCGCAUUUCUUAAUUGCAGGUUAUGACCCGCGAGCAUUUAUAGUGAACAUUUUGAUAGCAAUCCUACCAUUUCAAUUGUGGUUCUUGGAAAGUUCUUCCGUCCAUCAUAGCGUUUUGCUCUGGUUUUGCACAAAGACGGUUGUGGCAACUUGGAAAUGGUUUCUGUGCUAUUUUUGUUUGUUCCUCUAGAUGUAAUGCUAGAGAUUGCUAGACGUGUGGGAAUAUGUGCUGGACACAAACUUUUUGUUAUUUAUUAAGAGGAAGUGCUGUGAAAAGUACUGGUUUCACACAUUCCGAGGUGCAUGUUUGCUCAUAAACAUGUGCCAGUUAAGGGUUGUGUUAAAUUCUAAUAUAUAUGUGAGCAUUUACAACAAAGCAAUCAUUCCAUUGUUGUGUGCACCUUGUGCCUGUGGGUUUUUAUAUUCCAUAUGUUCCCAUGAGGUUGGGAUGCUGUCAAUUGCCAAGGUCAGAUGAGAUCUCUAUAAUCGAGUGACAAAUAAAUAUUUUAACUUUUGCA